GGGUGAUUCCUGCUGUCUAUGUUUAGAGGAUGUGUUCAUCAUAGAUGCAUUUGAGUAAUAACGUAUAAACUGAUGUUUCUGCUGAGAUUACAGGUUACAUUUUCUGUAUUCAGAGUUAGAGAGCAUCCCUCAAUUGGCUCAUAUGGAUCUUAUUCUCUGGUCUAAAGGAAUCAAUCACCAUUGCAAGCUCGUGCUUAUAACAAUACAACAAAACGCGUAAUUGUGCCCUGACAUAUGGUAGCGGCACAGACUGCGAUUGUACAAUUAGGAAUAUGUUUCUGUGAGUGCGUUUUUCCACCUUUAGACAGCCUUAACCUACUGUCGGGUCCUGAUGUAUUGUUUGCACGGCGCUCAGCAGCGCACCUUUGUCACGCUGCUCAGAUGUUGAGAUUAGAAUCACAAGUGUUGGAAGCAGCCCUCACGAUCAUACAAAGAAGCAAAACUAGAAGAUCUUUUGUUAUAUUGUAGCUAUUGUAUAGAGAUAAAAUAAUACCAGAAGGUCACUAUAACCUAAACUCACUAAGUGCAACAGGGGCACUUUAGUUCACCACUUGAUUAGCAUGAGACUACCAGCAUUUAGCGUAUUUGACAGACGCAGCCUGUUUCAGUGGCUAAAUCUGGGUGUUGGAGCAGCAGGCAGUGAUGAUGUGCGGUCCAUGGUGCUCUUACUGAGAGAGGUGCAUGCUGGAUAAUAAAGGAGAACCCGACAUAACAGCGAGUGAGAAAUCUGGGAAAUCUGGAGGACAGACACGAGGGGGCGGCGGGACACUCCGCCUCAGAUUAUUUUUCCGGACGCACCCGGACGGUGCGUAUGUUUGCGCCUUGUCAGUCUUGUAACUUACUCAUAUUGUAGGGCACGUAAAUCGAGAGCGGGGUCGCCCCGUGAGGAGAAGUUGGUGUUUUGAGCCUAUACAGCUGGUGUCAUCGGCGUACUGAGCUGUAGCAGCGCCGCUAGAACAGGACGCUCAACAGUUCAGUGCGCAACUGUACUGAUUCUGCUUCAGGGGGACUGGAGAGUCUGAGCCUCCCAGCUCAGAACUGGAUGAACUGCUGCCACCUGGAACGGAUCUCAGUAUCAUUCUGUGACAGGAGGGGCCCUGCAGACAGCAGUCGCGCCAGGAACCAUGAGGCAGCAAGCUUGGCCUGAGAGAGCGGAGAAAUCACCCUUUAUCACUCUCAACCAGGCUGGGCAAUGGAAGAAAUGCACACAGAAGCAGCAGCAGCACAUGCCACAGCAGAGACAGGCUAACACACACAUCUGAGAGUACAGUGGAGAGCAAAUGGGGAUGGCAAAAAGAGACUGAGAGAAGGCAGUCAGUUACUCAGAUUGUGUCAUUCUAAAUGGCAAAGUGGACUGGGCCACACACAGAGGCAGUGAUGUCCUUGUUAACACAUUGUCCUCCGUUAGAAGCUCCUUGUUAGAAAUCACAAAUCAGUCCCCCGCCCCUGUGAGGCUACAGAGCUGAGGGGCAGAGGAGAAGAAAAACAGAGAGCGAGAGAGAGACAGAGCGGAAAAAAGAGACUGUGACAGGCCCCCAUGCAGGCGCGUAAGAAGUAUGUUCUGCUGGGCUUGUGUGCGUGCUGCUGGCUGGUCCUCUUUUACUGUGGUGGAGGAGUCCAGCUACGUCUGCUCCGGCUGCUGACACGGCAGCGGGGUGAAGUGGUGCGCCCCUGGCCCAACUGGACUGACCGGGCCUUUCUGCCCCGCUAUGCCCAUCUGGAUGAGCUCCAGACGGACCCCGGGACGGCUGAGUCGCCCCGCCAGCGCCGUCAGGCAUGGUCCGCCAUUUAUAAGGACAGUCGCUGCCGCAUGGAGACCUGUUUUGACUUCUCGCGGUGUCGCCGCAGAGGAAGGGAAGGGUUCAGGGUGUAUAUAUAUCCAUCAGAGAAAAAUGAUCGUGUGUCAGAGAGCUACAGGAAGAUCCUGACGUCUAUAGGUGAGUCACGGUACUACACAUCAGACCCCCGUGAAGCAUGUCUGUUCGUGCUUGGGAUAGACACCUUAGAUAGGGACCAGCUAUCAGGACAGUUUGUGCCCAAUGUGGAUGAACGUAUCCGUGGUUACCCGCUGUGGAAUGACGGGCGGAACCACCUGAUCUUCAACCUGUACUCAGGCACCUGGCCUAACUACACAGAGGACCUGGGCUUCAACAUCGGCCAGGCCAUCUUAGCCAAAGCCAGCCUCAACACAGAACAUUUCAGGCCAGGAUUUGAUGUCUCCAUCCCGCUGUUCUCAAAGGAUCACCCGCAAAAGGGUGGAGAGCGGGGCUGGCUGGUGAGGAACACCAUACCGCCACGAAGAAAGUACCUGCUGAUGUUCAAAGGGAAGCGUUAUCUGACGGGCAUCGGCUCAGACACCAGAAACGCUCUUCAUCACAUCCACAAUGGAAAGGACAUUGUGUCGCUGACGACGUGCCGCCACGGGAAGGACUGGGAGAAGCACAAAGACGCCCGCUGUGACCACGACAACCUGGAAUAUGAGAGGUUUGAUUACCAGGAGCUCCUCCACAACUCCACUUUCUGUUUGGUGCCACGAGGUCGACGCCUGGGCUCCUUUCGUUUCCUAGAGUCGCUACAGGCGGCGUGUAUCCCAGUGCUGCUGAGUAACGGCUGGGAGCUGCCGUUCUCUGAUGUCAUACAGUGGAACCAGGCGGUCAUUGAGGGAGAUGAGAGAUUACUACUGCAGGUGCCAUCCACGGUGAGAGCAGUGGGGAAUGAGAGAGUCCUGGCCCUCAGACAGAGGACCCAGAUGUUGUGGGAAGCCUACUUUUCCUCUGUGGACAAGAUAGUCCUCACCACACUGGAGAUCAUUAAGGACCGUGUGUUCUCUCACAUAUCGAGGAACAAGUACAUGUGGAACUCCUUGCCAGGAGGUCUGCUGGUCCUACCAGAGUACUCCACUCACCUCGCACAUUUCCCUUUCUACUACCUGGGAUUAGGGGUCAGUCCAGGUCAAGAGUUUACUGCUGUCAUCCAUGCCGUCUCCCCGUUGGUCUCCCAGUCUCAGCCAAUCAUGAAGCUGCUUCAGGUGGUCUCCAAGUCAAAAUACUGCUCGCAGAUUAUUAUUCUCUGGAACAACGAGAAGCCGCCACCCAAUCGGAGCAAAUGGCCUCCCAUGCCGGUCCCCCUCACUGUGACAGAUGGCAGGAGGAAGACCACCAGUCGGUUCCUACCUCAUGUUGCCAUAGAGACAGAAGCAGUGCUGAGUCUGGACGAGGAUACAGUCCUACUGACCAGUGAGGUGAACUUUGCCUUCUUGGUGUGGCGGAGCUUCCCUGAGCGGAUCGUGGGCUACCCUCCCAGGAGCCACUUCUGGGAUCCCCUGAAGCGUGCCUGGGGCUACACCUCUAAAUGGACAAAUGAUUACUCCAUCGUCCUGACUGGAGCUGCCUUCUACCACAGGUACUACCACUACCUGUUUUCCCACUUCCUGCCCCAGUCUCUGCGGACUCUUGUGGAUCGCACCUCCAACUGUGAGGACAUCCUGAUGAACUUCCUGGUCUCUGCUGUAACCCACCUGCCGCCAGUCAAAGUGGCUCAAAGGAAGCAGUACAAAGAGUUGCCAAGUCCACAGGGUACAAAGACUGUCCCCUGGGCCAAUCCGGAGCACUUCAACCAGCGGCAGGAGUGUGUCAACACCUUUGCCAACUGGUUUGGCUAUAUGCCUCUGGUCCACUCUCAGUUUCGUCUGGACCCCGUGCUCUUCAGAGAUCAAGUGUCCGUCCUCCGCAAGAAGUACAAAGACCUGGAGAGAGCAUGAAAAUGACGGACAAAAUGGACUGAAAGGCUGGGAAGCAUCGAGGUCUGGUAUAGUGGCCUUUUGGACAGACAAAUGGACCAAUCAGAUGUGUAUAGUCAAGAUGGGAUACUCAAGACUGUGUGGGAUGUGGACAAAGUGGCAGCGUGGUCUAUUUGUGACAUGGACAAAGUACAAUCAUCAGACAGACCCUGGUGGACUGUUCUGGUCUAUAUACAUAUAAAUAUGAAGAGAAAAUGGCCUAUAAAAGUUUGAAAAGAGCUUCAAAUGAUUCUCCUACCUCCAUGAGUCUGGUGAGACAACAGAGGAGGAAAUGUAGGGGCCUUGAAAGAGUCCCUGUGAUUGGGCCUCUCUCUCUGAGAAAGGACAAUCUCUAUUGGACAGCAAAAAAAAGAACGUGUGUGAACGCUUCAGAUGUCAGUGCUAUUGCUGUGACAAUGAGAAAGGAAUGGCUAUCUCAUGCCAGAAGCACCCAAGGGACUGGUAUUAGUGCCAUGCACUCCAGCUGUCAAUGUGUCUUAGCAUUACUGUGCAGGGACUGUUGCCGUGGAAACAGAUCAUUUCACAUCAAAAUGCUAACUGUAAAACCAAUAAAAUGAUUUGUAAAUGCAAACUGA